AUGAUCAAGAUCACCAAUUCAGCUCCAUCUCAAUCCAUUCUGUAUUAUACAGGAGCUUCUGCUUCUGAUGAAUCUACAUUAAUUGACAUACUCUCUGCAACACUAGACAGCAUGGUCACUCCAACUCUGAACAGCCAGUCUGCCCUGAUGGUGGAGAUGGAGAGCUUUCAGAAUGAAGAGCUGAGCUGUUAUACAAACUCUUAUCUUUAUCCAGUUGGCCAGGCUGUCCAGGCCCUGCUUGAAACUCAUUCAAAACAGAAGUAUGAACACAAGAAGACAGAGUUUGUAAAUUAUGAUACAGAAAUUCUGCUGAAUAGAUAUCAUGAGAAGAAUAUUGUACAGCUGGUUGAAUACUGCUGGCAGAGCUGA